AAUAAAGGGAAAUGAAAUUAUCGAGUUUAAAGUUACCAAGUUGGUAACCGGAGAGAGUUGGAAAUUCCCAUUGCCUGUACUUUUCUUGCCUCUUCUUCAAUCAAUUUGAUUCUGCGUCCAGAUUAUCAAGGAAAGAUUUCUUGAUACAGAUUUCUUUCAGAUACUCCUAUUUGCUUCACCAAAGCUUGAUCGCGAUCAGUCGCUUCCAUAUUCGAUGUUCAGAUUCUGGGGAUCUCAGGACCAAGAAUCACAAUCUCGUCCGCAGGAUACUCCUCCACAAUCAUGGUACCCUCCUUUUGUGGUCAAUUCAUCAAGUUAUUCUCGACCACCGACAGCUGGUAGCAAUGCUUCUAGCAGCUAUAAUCUACAAAGGCCAUUUGAAAGGCCACAGUCCCCAUCAAAUGUCUCACCAGCGGAAGCUUCUGGAAUAAUUUCAUUAUUGAAGGACAAGAGUGUUGAUGAACUAAGGAAGCUUUUGAAUGACAAAGAUGCCUACAACCAAUUUUUACUUGCUCUUGAUCAAGUUAAGGCUCAAAACAAUGUAAGAGAUGAAUUACAAAAAGAGAUGCUCCAACUUGCCAGAUCUAAUUUGGACAAGGAGCCACAGAUAGCGGAGCUGAGGAAUCAGUGCAGAAUCAUCCGAACGACUGAGCUAGCUGCAGCUUCCGAGAAACUAAAUGACUUAGAAAAGAAAAAGGAGGAUCUUUUGAAGUGCUACUCUUCAGAUUCUCUUCUGCGCAGAUUGCAAGAGGAAAGGAACAAGACUGAUGAAGAAUCCGACAAACUCCACAGCCAGUUCCUUGAUAAAGAGAUUGAGCUUGCGGCCUUUGUACAGAAAUUCAAGAAACUGCGGUCUUUGUAUCAUCGUCGAGCAAUGACACAUCUUGCUGCUAAGUCGUCUCCAAUGUCAUGAAAGCUUCAGAAGCGGGUGCAUGGAUAUGGUGACUUUUCUCCUGUUAAUUUCUCGAGGUGUUUCGUGUGGUUGUUUGCACGUACAGAUUUAUACCUGUAUCUUAAUACGUAUUACUUAUUUCCCGUUGGAUUUAGGAGGUGGGAUGUGAUAAAAUCGCAUGCGUUCAUUUCUACGAGUUUAAAAACAAAUCCUAGGUGUAUGAUUAUGUUUCUACUACAUUCGCUCGGGUGCUGCUGCUUCUACUUGAUUACCUUCUUUGUUCAUUUGAGUUUGUUACAUUGUCGGUGAUAGGUUUUCCAUGUAUAUGGCUGUGUUUCGUCGAACUUGAAUAUAACUAUAUAAGGGUUGUUAGCUGUUUCAAUUCAAUUCAAUUCAAUUAUGUUAUU